CAGUGCCGGCGCAGUGGCCGGGCCAUCGUGUCCUGUGCCUAGCUUUCUGUGCUCUCUUUUCUCCGAUCCUGUCCGACAGUCGUCGACGAUCCUCCAGAGAGAUCGUCCCCUUUCACGUCGUGUGCCUCGCCAGUCGACGAGCCUCUCCGUGCCACCCUUUCGUUUCCUGUCCUUCGACACCCUUCCCAGGUGCAGUGCCGGGUCGUGAUCGCGCCAGGAUGCGAAUCGUGACGCGUCGCGACGCUCGGUGAGGCCCUGCCGCGACGAACCACCCGCUGGCGCGAGCUAUCCGUGUGUCGUCCCCAGGAACGUGAUCGGCGAAACGGUUUUCCGACUUCUUUGUGCGCGAGGACCCGCCAGGAGCAAGCGGACAGGACGAACGCCAAGAAGGACACCCUGCCGGGUAGCAGCCGGGAGGAUCACAGGGCGAAGAGGUGGGAGCCAUGCCGCCCGGGCGAGCUUCCCUCGAGGUAGCCAGGAUCGUCCGGCAUCCCUGUCCUUCCGGUGUACCGGGUUCCGGUCGCCUCGUCUGAGGUGAGGAACUGUGGAUUGCUGGUGUUGGACCUCGGCCCCAGGAGUGGCCCAGGGGUUACCCUGGGGACCUCGGGGAAGUGCUCGCGCAAGGACGAAGCUGUUAGGAACGACGAAGGACACGGGAGGCGGAGGAGGAGGCCGCUAUGAACGCCAGCGUCAACAUCGAGAGGAACUCCUGGCGGCUGCCUCCCGACGAGACCGUCCAGGUCGCCGAUCCCCGUUCAAAGUCAGCUCAGGUAAAAGAGGAUCUUACGUACGCGGAGGGCGGCCACAACUGGCGGAGCAUAAUCUUCUCGCUGCUGGUCAUCGGCUUCGUUAUCGCCGGGAUCGUCACGGCCAUUUACCUUCUCGGGUACGUCGACGAGCUGCUGUACUGGAGCGGCAGACGUCUCACGUUAGACGAGUGCCUUCGUGAUGACCUAACACCGCACAGGCUACCACCCACCUGGAUCUCCCACGACAAGUUUGUCUAUCAAGCCGACGACGGUUCUCUCACUCUUCUGGACACCAGCAACAAUUCCGUGUCCCUUCUGGUCUCUAACCACACGCUCAGACAGCUGAACGUUCAAGGCUACCAGUGCAGCUCCGACCUACGUUACGUGUUGUUCAAGCACAAUGUCAAGCCGGUGUUCAGACACACCUUCACCGCUUACUAUACAGUCUACGACGUCACGAACGAUCAUCACACACCUCUUCGCCUGCACGCGUCGCGAAGGAUGCAGCAAACGCGACUGCAACACGCCGCCUGGUUAGGCAACACAUCGGGCCUGUUGAUGAUAUCCGAGAACGAUAUUUACGUGAGACUGGCGCCAUCCGCGGCAGAGGACGCACGACUGACCGACACAGGUGUUCCUGGUGUGAUUUACAACGGUGUUCCGGAUUGGUUAUACCAGGAGGAAGUGAUGCCUCGGCCAGAAGCAACCUGGCCCAGCCCGGACGGCACGCAUCUUCUCUACGCUACCUUUAACGACACUAAGGUCACUGCCUUGGAGUUCCCCUGGUUUGGUACGCAGCCAGGUCACGAUGGAGCCAGCUCAAGUCCUCUAACCACACCCAGAAGAGGCUCCUUUCCGCCGUCGAAGUCUGUCAGAUAUCCUACGCCCGGGUCGUCCAACCCAGAGGUCGAUCUGCUGGUGAUGGAGCUUAGCAAUGUGACGAGUACGAACGGCAACGGAACCAUGAACUCCACGUUGGCUUUUCGAACAAAGCUUAGGCCGCCGCCUGUAUUGGAUGGACAAGAGUACUAUUUAAUAUCCGCCGGUUGGGUGGGCGAAGACUCCACUCAAAUCGCCGUCGUGUGGAUGUCGAGGUCGCAGAACCUGUCGCUGGUAUCCGCUUGUCGUGCGCCCACGUGGGAAUGCGAGGAGACUCACUCGGAAAGGGCGCCCGAAGGGCAGUGGCUCGACGCUCAGCCUCAUCCUGUUUUUGCUCCUGACGGCGACAGCUUCUUACUGUUGGCAUCCGUUCAGGAAGGCGACAAGGAACACUUCACCCACAUCAAACACGUGACCCUGACUCAGCAAAGGAUAGCGGUGCUGUCUCAUGGCCGUUACGAGGUGAGCGAGAUCCUAGCGUGGGACACGAAGGGUCACCAGGUGUACUAUUUGGGCACCAGAGAGAGGAGGCCCGGUCAGAAACACCUUUACGUUGUGCGUGAUCCUACUGCCGACGAUCCUCGACGUUUAGAGCCGCUCUGCGUCACGUGCGAUCUUGGGGAAGUCCUUUGGAGCAGUAGAUUUUAUUACACCAACUGUACGCAUUUCGGCGCAUCCGUCAGUCCAGCGGUGAACGACGCGACGCAGGGUUACUACGUCCUCUAUUGCGAAGGUCCAGGUCUCCCCCUGGCAGGCAUACACUCGACGACUUCCCACAAGAUGAUCCGCAUGCUCUACGACACGAGAAUCCAACGGGGGGACAAGCUUUCUCAACUAGCGCUGCCGACACGAAGAAGUUUCGAGGUGCCACUGCCUCAAGGCUGGAAAGCUCAAGUGCAACUGUUGCUGCCGCCCUCGUGGCGUGAAGAGCUCAGAGACGCAGCCUUUCCGGUUCUGGUCGAGGUGAACGGUCGUCCAGGGAGCGAGGCGGUCACAGAUCGAUUCAAGAUCGACUGGGGUACCUACAUGUCGAGCCACAACGACGUGGUGUACGUCAGGCUGGACGUACGAGGUGCCAGGGGUCAAGGGAAGAGGGACCUGUUCAGGAGAAUCGGUGGCGUCGAGGUGCAGGAUCAGCUGACCGUGCUGAAACAUCUUCUGAAGACCCUGAAGUACCUUGAUGUCACGAGAGUCGGAGUGUGGGGUUGGGGAUACGGUGGCUACGUAACCGCCAUGGUGUUAGGAAACCAGGAGAACCUGUUCAAGUGCGGCGUCGCCGUGAACCCCAUCGCGGAUUGGCUGUAUUACAAUUCCGCGUUCACGGAGCGAGUCCUUGGCGCUCCAGCCGAAAAUUACAAGGGUUACGUGGAGGCUGACCUGACUCAACGAGCCAGGCUGGUACCGAGUCACAGCCUCUACCUUCUUCAUGGUCUAGCUGACCUUACAGCGCCUUACACGCACGGCGUCGCCUUCGCCAAGGCACUGUCCGAAGCGGGAAUCAUCUUUAGGUACCAGAGUUACGCGGACGAAGACCACGCCUUAGCAGGCGUGUUGGAGCACGCUUAUCGUUCCAUGGAGGACUACCUCGCCGAGUGCCUCUCCCUGGACGCGUCCUAGUGCCUCAAGCCGAAUACUCUCUCGUUGUCUCUAGCUCGCCUACUUCUGAUACAUCCCGGAUGGGCGUGGAUGCUCGCCGAGAAGGCUCACUGUUCAGGAUUAGACUAGUUCGAGAAGAUUCUCAAAAGCAUCCCCAGGUGAUCGCCAGCGUGACGGAACGCCGCCGUCGUUUCGAGGCAGAGGAGAGGAAGGCUUGAGAGGGAUUGGAAGGUCGCGUGGAAUAGGGUAAACGAAACGAUGCCUGGUCCUUCUUGGUGGCGAGGAUGCUUCGAUCCGUAAAAGUAGGGUGUGGAAGAGAAGUACGUGAAAGGGAAGCGGUGAUGAGAGGGAUGAGGUAAACUUAGCGUUUGUAUAAGUAAUAUCGUUGAUAACGUUGUAUAUCAGCCUGCGGAUUCCUCUUUGCUACGAAGAAAAACUCGUUCACUUUGCUCUCUGGACGCGCACCCCGGGAGAUAUUGUAGCGAUCCAACCCCCCUAACAUCCAGAGGCGUAUCUAGUUAGAACUGCGACGCAGUUAGCGGGCCAGUUAGUCGACAAGCUCGAUCGACACGAAGGGCGACUUAGGUGAAAUUUCGAUUCGCGUUAGCCUGCUUCUCGCGUGGUUGCAAGCUCGCCACAUUUUGUAUACCAAAAAUCUCCAUUAUCUGACGGUGACACGACACUCGAAUGAACAUUAAGACGCGAAGACCGAUGAUGAUCGAGCGCAUCGAGCUUAGCGCGAGCUUGCAAGCUCGCGACUCAAGAUUUUUUAUAUCAAGCCUCCGGGUUCCCAGCGCUCGAGAAACUGAAGUCCGCGCCGGGGGGGGGGGGGGGGGCGUUUCGCUUGAAAGUAUCGAGCUUACCGAAAGCUUGCAAGCUCUCCUCGCUGUUUUCAUGAUCAGCAACGGUUCCAAGGGCCCCAGAAAGCUACGAGGAACCGUGGAUUGCCGUUGCAGAGCUUGGAAGCGCGCGUCUUACGAUUUCCCCCUACGGCGGCGUCAACGAAAGAGUCAACGGGCGAGAUGAGGCUACCGCCCUCACCUUCUAUCUUGUCUAGAUUUAAUUUUUAGCAAUAUUUUCAAAUUUUCCUAUUAAAUUUUAACAAUAUUCAUUGUUGUCAUUAGCAUUUCUUAUUUUUUAUAUCUCAUCCACUUUUUUAAUUUGUAGUGUAAACGUUACUGCGUUAUUAUUGUUCUUACUUUGUUGUCGUUAUUGUUGUUGUGCUCUGGUGUUUGUUACGAUCUAUUGUUACUUACAUUCAUAAGUUUAUCCUCAUUAAAGUGCAAAGCGAUACACCAACAGCGUAAAAGCUUUAUUCUUACUCUUUCGUUUAAUUGGAUUCCCCAAAACAUAGGUCCAGGAAAUAGAGAGUUUAAAGUGGAACAACCGCGGAGGGUUUUAUUCAGUUUAUUAUUACAAUCUACCCGAGUAUUCGCUACCUAAAGUUCGUGUUCUCCAAAUUUGAACAAAACUACAUCCAUCGAAUGUUACCUCUCGAACUGUCAACCAAGAGAUGAAGGAAUCGGUGAUCGUUGAACGAUUUCGAGAGGCUCUUUGUCGAGUCGAUUCUUUCGUUGACCCCAUUUAUGGCUACACUACCGGUGCCUCCCUGAUUUCGGGGAAAAAGCUGGCUAUGCCUAUGCGAUGAAUCGUCCAGGGGUAUCGACACACCACUCACCAUUAGAAAACGAACGCUUAGUCCUAAGUUUUGUGUUGUACAGCUUGGCGCCUAGUCUAUGUACCAUAACGUUACACGCGUGAACGGAAAGGAGAAACAAUUUUCCCCCACCCGUCCCAAUCCCAGAACCACCGUUUGAACCUUGAAUAUUUGUAUAUAUCUAUACACGUCUCGUGGAAGAUGUCCCUCGGUGUAGGCCGCGUUCCCUCGACGAGGUUCGCGGGUGUUCCCGUUUGUCGUUGAUCGUUUGUUGUACUAUAUCGCUAAGGUGUACUAUAAAAUCAGUUUCCAGAAUAAACUACUUAUGUAAGUAAGCGACGCGAGGCUUUAGGGUAACGUUCCGAUUCACCGUAUACUUUAGCUCGUUCCAGAACGCACCUCGUCGCGGGCAACGAACCUUAUCGUAUACCUUUUCUCGAUCAACACCAGACCGCUGUCACGGUCCUGACGGAGUACGCAACACUGACAAGGGGACAUCUCCAAUUGGUCCACUGGAAUCUAAAUAAACUUUUGUACGAAAACGGAGCUUGAAAUUCUGAAGAUAGUUACGUUAGUUUUGUGUGCUUGCGGUUAAUAGUUUGGAAGAUAUUUAAGGGUAACGUUUGAUAAGGUUAACCAUCCUGUAACAAUUACUUGUAAAAAUGAUAAAGUAGUGUUGUUGAUAGAGUGGCACGUUCCUGAUACGCGUAUUCGAGCGAUGAAAUAGAGAAGGUAGCCAGUCGGUAGAGAAGAGUAUUCCGUCGACAAAGUAGUGUAUACUGUCGGUAAGGUUCGAUAGCGUACAACUUUAAUUGAUCGAUGGAAUUACCGACAGAGUAUUCUACAUUGCCAACACCACGACCUGUUUUAUAGACCGAGUGUUCUACAUUACCGAAGAGAUAUAGUUUUAACGGGAAUAGAUGUAUAAGUACCGAAAUACCUUCGAAAACUUUGAGUUUAAAUAUCAUCUAAAAUACUAAUCAAAGGCACUCAAAACUAUAUAUCAUUAUCUUCAGGAUUCCAAGCUUUAUCACUAUGCAGAAGCUCGCUUAAAUAUUAGCGUACCCGUUGGGAAAGCCCUCUUGUAAGCCGAAGAUUAGGCGGAUCGAUGUUCGUUCCGGUACGGUUGAUGUUGGAUGUUAUCGUUCGAGAUCGAUUGAACUCGCGAGAUCCGUUUCGAGAAUAAUGAUCAACUUUCUUGUUAAUGACAGUGAUUAGUCUCCAAAGAUUCGUUCAGAGUUUUAGGGUUCCUAUAAAAAGCUGCCAAGGCAGUAGCUCAGCUCAAAUACAAUGAAGAGCAUAACUGAACUAGUAACAAUAAGUUUCAUGUAAACUAUUCGUACACAGUGGAUGUGUUACAAUUUUUUAUUAGGUAUUUGAUAGAAUUUGUUUAAGUUUGAAGGUUCUCGGGUAAGUGCCAGGUGGUUUCUCUUAAUUCCCUUAUCGAUAGACCUGUCAAAUUCUAUUUGAUUAUCUCGCUAGUUCGAUGGAUGUGGAUGCAAAACGAAACGAAAUGUUCACGGUUGAUCGUAGAAGGGUCGCGCUCGAACGAGGAGAGUCGCACGUCGCCAUAAACGCUGCCUGCCCAGCAGCCCUUAAAUGCCGACAAUCAAGGCUAGUGCAACUAAUCAAACGAUAAUAAAUAGAACGGAGAGGAUGAAGAAAUUACCUAAUAAUAUUAAUGUAUCUUAGAUGAGUGAUGGAUGCGAUUCGUCCACGUCAAACUGUGUCGUUGGCGCCUCGACGGGGAAAGAGGAGAAUAUUAGUAUAUAAGACGGAAGUGGAGAGGGAGAAUGAACCUCACAGGUGGGAAUUCCCGUCGAGGUCAUCGUAUAUAGACGAAAGUAGACACGAGGGAUCGGUAGAUCGGGAUUACGUGCUUGGUGUCGAUUGGAGAAAGUACAAAGAUGCAACGUGUGACGAAGGAAUUAGCUCUUUGAUAUUACUUUAGAUGCUCGAGUUAAAAAAAUUGCGGAAACUUUGUCCCUUUCGUGGAGAAUUCUGUAAGAUUUAAUUUCUUUACUUAAUCUUUAAUAGACUCGGAGGUGGAAUUAUUGAAUGCAAAUUAUGAAAUUAAUUCAAGAUGUGUGUUAUACAUAGUAAGAGGAUUACAAACUAUUUCGUUUGCUCUAAAAUUCGAAGGCUCGCCAAUCAUUUUUACUACUUGUCUACUUGCUUGCGUUGAUGGAGGACGUUCUACAAGAAAGGUACCAACAAAAUUCAAAUUUAAAAAUUCCCAAAAUACCAUCCCAAAGAAAGCAACCAAAACGAUAGAAUCGCACGAACUUUGAUAGAUUUCGAUUCUAUACAAAAAUUCAAACAUCGACGAAAAUCUAACCGAUCAUAAAUUGAAUUUCAUUUUUGCAUUUGUAAGAAACGAGAAAAGACGAAUGCAAUUCCUUCGCCACGUGGAAUGGACAGAAACGUCGUUGUUUCCUCGUGAAAGUUCGCUUCGCGAUAUCGUCGAUCGAUUUUCCCGCGCGAAUUCGAGAGAACUCGAGACUUCACCGAGCGGGAAACGAAAACAAUGUGAGAAUGAAAUACAGCGAGCGCGCGUGAGAGAGAGAGAGAGAGAGAGAGAGAGAGAGAACAUCACGAACGAAUGAAUGCGAGCGUGAGUGUGCAAUCGCAAUCAAUUAUUAACUAUAAUAACGGCAGAAAGUGCGGCGAAAUAAACGUAGACAUAUAGGUAUGGGUCUGAGAAACGGCAGGCAAGCAAGACAGAAGCAACAACCACGACAACAACCGGAAAAACGCAGCAUGCGAAAUAACGUGAAAUUAAUCGCAAAACAGAUGAAACCUUGGUAGCAGCGCAUAAGGGUAUCUAUAAGCUUUUGGUAACGUAUUAUCGCCGGUAGGCUAAAGAGAAUUAAUAAGACAAAAAAAAAACACAGAAAAAAUAUAUAUAUAUUAUACAUAAAACGAAAGAAAGCGGUACACGGAGGAGGAAGAGAGGGCGACACGACACGCAGGACAUCCGAGAUUAACACAGAGAAAAAGCAAAGAAAAAUUAAUUCACGCGGAACUCGAGAGUUCAAAAGCAUCGGGCCCGUGCGAACGAAACUCGAACAAAUUCGUGAGUACAUUGUUUUUCCUUUUUUUUUUUGUACGAACAAUGUCGACGACAAUGGCACCAUCCGAGAGGACGCAAGAAUGCAACGUCCCUCAUCUAUGAAGAAAUUUCAAUAAUUUUUUUGGAUCAUCAGUGAACAUAUACGAAUUUAAGAAUUGUUUGGAGAGUAUUAUCUAGACUUUCAGAAUAGUAUGUAUAUUUUGUAGUUCGUAAGAUCCGAAUAACAUCAUUUUAUUUUACUCUGGCGCUUCGACUUCCACUUUAGCUUUUCGGAAAUAUUUGAUAUUUAUCCAAAUUAAAAUAAUAUUUUCCUUUAGACAAUUCAAUUCAAUUUUAAACGUCGUUUUACCUAUGUUAAUAGUAUAUGGUGACAGAGAUGACAGUCUUUGUUUAUAAGUACAGAUACAGAAAAAUGAUGAAUCCUUCUCUCUGGUUGCGCCAUUGUUCGACGAGAUUCGCUCGAUAUCCGAAGAAAGCGAAUCGCCCGUCGACGUUCGACGAUUUCGAGACGAAGGGAGAUAGAAAAUGUUAAGAGUACGAUUCGUUAACGGGGGAAAAAAUAGUAAUAAUAAUAAUAAUGCGUCUAUUUGAAAUUAUUUGGAUAAUCUGUGAUACUCAGAUUGACGAUUAUUAUCGGUUAUUUGUCGGAUUUAUCCCGGGAGGUUUGGUGUCCGCGGCACUUACGGUGUUUCGCGCGUUUUUAACCAGAUGCAUAGCGAAUAUCGAGGUAUUAAUAAAUAAGGUAUCGAUAAAGAAAUUGUUCGAGUAACGCACGCUCGAAAUCGAGUCCAAGCUCGAGAAUAUACCGCGAAUUCUGCAAUUAUCCUAAACUACUGCUCAUAUCUAUUAGACUCAAAACGAAACUUCAGGUUUCCCCUAUUUAUUUGAUCGAUUUAUUUACUUAUUUAUUUAAUGAUUUUAUUCGCUAUCGGAAAACGAACAAAAAAUAUAUCAGUGAAUCAAGAUGUUGUAUAACUUAACCCAAUUGCUUUUGACAAGUCAAUUCAGCUCCCGUAAAACUUAUUUACUUCGUUCAAUCAAUUAUUUUAAUUAUAUAUUUUUUUAAUUCUCUAGUUAUUCCAUUUUUGUAUUUUUUAAUAUCUGACUUUAAAGUUGAUCAAUUAACCCUUUCGCACGAUAAAAUUUGUAGUUCUCUACACAGUAUACAUGGCAUACAAAGAAACGUACAUGCAACUUUAGAGGUAAAUUCAAUAUGCACGAUAAAAAAAAGAUUGCUUAUACUCGAGUGCUUUCUACUUUCACAGAAAAUAAUAUAUUAACAGAAUUUCGGGGUCAGAAACUUUAAUUGUCAUUCUAGCAGUUUGAAAGCCACUGCUAUAUAGCCCACAGACAAUAAAGUUUCACUAGUAACAAGAUUAAUGAUACAAACAGGUACACCGAUUACUUGAAUUCUAUUUCACAUCAACAAUGAAAAUUAACACGAAACACGCGGACUUUCUGUACAUCUUUAACAGAAGGAUUAACCACUGCAAUUGAGAGAACAACUUCAAGGCUUGGACUCGGUUUCAGAAGCGGCCUACUCGUCUCGAUGUCAUCAGAAUCCUCGAGGUGAUCGGAUCGUCCCGAGCCAGCUCGAAACCAGAGAUGAGCAAAAUUCCAACGAAACGAUACAUAACGAGUAACACCACUAUGCAGAAAUUUAUUCGUCGCGCUUAUUCCAUUGAACCGUUAUUCGGAUAAGCCUAUAUUUACUCAUACGCGAUACGCAACUUCAUUUUAUAAUUUUAAUCGAUGAAAUAACGGAUCAAAAAUGUUUACGUUUUAUUAGUUGCUCGGGAUUCGUAGGAAGACAAGAAUUAUGCCCAUCUCUGCUCGAAACGACGUCUGAACGAUCAGAGACUCGGCAAUCAGAGCAGUCGGGUGAAAUUAUUGCCCAGCGACUCGUCGCGUCGAUUCGACUGUGCUCCGCGAGUGUGGCCGACGCGCUCGGACAAUUGUUUUUUAUAUAAUAUUCGCAUGGAUCAUCCAACGAUCGCAGCGAAUUAUCGUACGGGAGAGGCGUUUCUCGAUAGUUUCUCGUGGGAGGCAGCAGCACGCGGAUCGUUUCCACUCGGUUUUUUACGAUAUUCGCACGGACCUGGAGAAUCAUCCACGAAAUCGGCCACGAUCAUCGACGAUCGCUCAAAAAUUCAUGAAACCGUCGAUAAUCAAUUCAUUCACGACGUUCUUUUUCUUUACUCCUGACUGUAUGUAGACUCCUUGGCACGGUGUGUGAAUAUUACAAGGAGGGUUUAUUUAAUAAAUUUCUCUACGUUUUGAAUUUAAUAAACACGCUGGAAUGCAUUCCAGGACUCAAUGAUAUUUACAUCUGCGAGAAAAUAUUAAUAAGGUUGUUAAAUAUUGUGACUAACACGUUCAAUCUAUGUUCAUUAAGUUGAAUCUGUUUCAGAAAGUCCAUUAUACAAUACGCUCGUUGAUAUUAAACAGGUUAUUGGAAGAUAUAAUUAUAGAGAAAGGCUUAUAGAAAGAAUACACUUAUCAUUACUUUAGUGUCACAUUGUACACACUCUUUAAUUUCUCAAGCUAAGUUCAAUUAUUGAAUAGCAUACAAAUCCAUUUGUGCUGAAUUUUACGUAACAAUGUAUAUUCUUUCUUCGUUGCUUUAUAUGCCUUCUUCAUCUUAAUAUCCAGUUACUCCUUCAACGAGAGAAUAUUUAAAAAUAACGAGUAACUAAACGAAAGCUUCGAUAACCCCGUUCACUGUCUAAACAAAUACGUUUCGUUGGAAAAGAAAAAUGUAAUAUUCAUCGCGUUUCUAAUUUCACCACGUUUUAACCCUUGUCUACAUUCAAAGAAAAUUUUACUUCUUGAUUGUUGGUAAGAGCUACAUUUUGAGAAAGCAGAGUAGACAGGAGGCAAGUUCGACUUCUUUCUCUUUGAUCCUUUCUUUUCCUCGAGUGACUGCUAAAAUGCUUCGAAGACGCCGAUUUCGCGGAUGUUGUUCAAGGUAUAUUCCACGUAACACCCACGAGAUAAUCAUGUUACUAAGACUCUGCGUUUUUUAAUAUCAGCGAGGCUCGGCCCGGACAACGGGCGGACAAAAGUGUUUUCAAUAAACUGUUACAUUACCUGAUG